AUGUCUGGUUCUGAAAGCUUGCGACGAUCUACACGAAUUCAGAGUCGUGCUAAAGAACAUGGUAAUUCAAAACAUGAAUUGACAAACAAAGAUGAGGAUUCUAUGUCGGAGACAAGACUUAUGAGAAAAAAAGAAUUGGAGAAUAUUGAAGAAUCCAUACAAAAACCAGUUGAAUUGUUUUCUGACAACGAUGUCAGCGGUGAAAAGUUAUAUGGCUUUCAAACACCUAGCGCUAAAAAGAAUGCUAUGACGCGCAAGGCAAGUUUGUGCCAUACACCUGUUAGUAUAAAAAAGACAGAAAAACUUGUGCUUUCGGUUGUUCUUGACAAAAUACAGACGAAACCAGAUGGAUCGUUAAAAAUAGAUAAUAAAAAUUCUUGCGUGAAAACUUCAACUAUCCAAAGAAGAUAUUUGUUGGAAAUACCUUCUAGCGAAAGCGAAAGCGUAUCGGAGAAUAGUGAAUAUGUAUUAUCUAAUAGCGAUACAGAAAGUGAAACAAGCGAAAAAGAGACUUCUAUAGAUAGUAGUGAUGAAGGGCAUAAAAUUGAAAAGAAGAACAUAAGACAGAAACCCGUAUUUCAGGCAAAUUUAGUCGGCACACCAAAGAAAACAAGUAGUAGAAAUAAGCCUGCGAUUAUUCAUAAAGAUUUUCACAUAAAAACUGACGAAUAUUUCAAAACACAAUCGGAAAAAGUGACUACGUCAGAUCGAACAUUAGAACGGCUACGCAAUUCUCGUUUAACAAAGGAAAGUUUGGGGCAAUUAUUAACGAAUCACAAUUACGUGUCUACGCAACAUAAAAAAAUCGUUUUGUCAUUAUCUGAAAACUAUGCAAAUUUAUAUAGCAUGUGGGAUUUUAUCAUGGAGCAAGGUUUCACUGUAUUGCUUUACGGCGUAGGAUCAAAAAGAUGUUUAAUUAAUACUUUUCAUAAAAGCAUAUGUUAUCAUCCGUCGCUAAUAGUGAACGGAUUUUUUCCCAGUCUGACUGUGAAGGAUAUAUUAGAUGGUAUAAUUACUAAUUUAAUGAGGUUAAGUUGUCCCGCUAAUAUGAGCGAGUGUAUAGAUCUCAUUGAAAAAGUAUUGAAGGAAAACCCAAAUGAUAGAAUUUACUUGCUUAUACAUAACAUAGAUGGUAUGAUGUUGCGAUCGAAUAAAGCUCAAGACAUACUCUCUUGUCUUGCGAGCAUACCGAAUAUUUGUGUCGUGGCAUCAGUUGAUCAUGUCAAUGCACCAUUAUUAUGGGAUCACAUAAAACGCUCAAAAUUUAAUUUCUUUUGGUGGGACACGACUACAUUUUUGCCUUACCGAGAAGAGACAUCUUACGAAGGUUCACUCUUAGUGCAAGAAAGUGGUACACUUGCUUUGUCGUCUCUUCAUAAUGUUUUCCUAUCCCUAACCUCAAAUGCUAAAGCAGUCUACUUGCUACUUGCUAAACAUCAAUUCAACAAUCCUAGUAAUGUUAAUUCGGAUGGGAUGGCAUUUAAAGAUCUUUAUCAGGCUGCGCGCGAAGGAUUUAUUGUAAGCUCAGAUUUAGUGUUGAGAGCACAGUUGACUGAAUUCAUAGAUCACAAAUUAGUGAAGGUAAAACGUAACAUUGACGGUGUUGAACAUCUCGUAAUUCCACUGAGCAAAGGACUUUUAAAACAAUUUUUGGAAGAAUAUGACUUGUAACGUUUCUAAAUAG